AUGCAAGGUGAUGAUCCACGUAAAAUGAGCCACCACCACAUUUACUAUGGGGAUGUUCACCAUCACCAUGGUCAAAAAGGUCACCAUGGUCAAAAAAGUCACCAUGAAGCCUCAGAACAUCACAGUGGGGAGGAAAAACAUCACGAUGAUAGCCAUGAAAGUUCAGAACACCACAGUGGGGAGGAACAUCACAGUGAAGAAGAAAAGGCUGAUGAUCAUAAAGAUGAUGUGUUUUACUUCGCUGUUGGAGAUGACUUCGGGGCUUAUGAAUUUAUAAAUGAUGAAGGUACCUUGAAGGGAUUCCACCCUGACCUUAUAGAAGCACUUUGUGCAAAGCUUGGUUAUAAAUGCGCCUGGGUGAUGGACAAGUACAGCCGUUGCUGGGAGACAGACGGAGACUAUGAAUAUCCAGGCGUCGGCAUGAACGCUGAUUGGUACACUGGUUGUAUGGGCUACUGGCCAUACCCAAGACGGCUCAACGCCUUCAACUUUACCCUGUCCUACACCAAAGUUGAACCAGCCAAUGUGUUCUGGCUUGAAUCUCGCAAUGAAGAUUUCCAAACAGAUGAUUUAAAGGGUCUCAAUAUAGGAUUCAUUGACGGGUGGUCCACAAGCAAACAUUGUCUAGCAAGGGAGACUGGCUCAAAUAUUGAUGAUUUCACGGCCCAUCUCUUUGACAACCACCAUGACAUGAUAGCUGCUCUACAUAAGGGAAAGAUUGAUUUGUUCCUCAGUGCGCAUCACGCCUUCAAAGUCCCGGAUGACCUCCACCAGGGUGAUGACUUCAAUUGCAACCACGCUAAUAGAGGAGCUGCCUUUAUGUUGAAAUAUGGCCACCCCGCAAUUGAUGUGAUCAACAAGGGAUUGGAAAUGAUGUACAAUGACGGAUCUUACCACAAACUCUGCAAAGAGGCAAAUGAAAAAUAUGGAGACCAUGGCCAAAUACAUUGCAUCGACUAAACCAUCAACCCAAUUGGAUACUGUUCAAACUUUUGAUGUGAGGAUCA